GAAGACAAGCGGAAAAGGAAGAAGAAGAAGAAGGUUUCACGCGUAUUCUUUGUAAACUAGUGAAUAAAGUCCCCUUCAGAGCGGCAGUUGGUCCGCGGCAGGGUGGCGCUCUGAGCUCCCUGCCCGUCCUUCAGGAGGGCGGUGAGCCGGGACUCGUCCUCCAGUCCUUGUCCUCGGAUGUCUAUCGGAACCUGGCUCUCGAGGACUGGAUCCACCAGAACGUGGACCUGCAGAACCGGAACCUGCUGAUGCUGUGGAGGAACGGGCCGGCGGUGGUGAUCGGCCGACACCAGAACCCGUGGCAGGAGUGUGACCUGCGGCUCAUGAGGAGCAGAGGAGUCCCGCUGGCACGGAGGCGCAGCGGAGGAGGGACGGUGUUCCACGACCAGGGCAACGUCAACCUGACUUUUUUCACCUCCAAGAAAAACUAUGACCGACAGCGAAACCUGCGAGUUGUGACCACGGCUCUCCAGAGUCUGAGACCGGAGCUGGACAUCAGGGCCACCGACAGACUGGACAUUUUACUCAAUGGGAGAUACAAGAUCUCAGGUACAGCUGCUAAGCUGGGGAGGACGGCCUCCUAUCACCACUGCACCCUGCUGUGUUCCGCUGACCGCGCCUUGCUGUCCGCACUGCUCAAACCCUCCUGUCCAGACAUUCAGAGCAACGCCACGGCCAGCAUCCCCUCUCCUGUCACCAACCUGCUGGAUGAGGACCCCACCCUUGACCCUGACAUCAUCCUCAAUGCUGUGGUCCGACAGUACAGCACAGAGUUUGGCUGCAGUGGUCUGGUGAGACCCAUUGACCCGAGUGACGAGGUGAUGUUUCCAGGUAUCGACAAGAUGGAGGAGGAGCUUCGGUCCUGGGAGUGGAGGUUCGGCAGAACGCCCCGGUUCAGCAUCCACACCUCACUGGAGCUGAGGGACGACACGCCGCCGUCCUGUGUCACCGCAGCCCUCAGCAUGGAGGUGAAGAACGGCGUGAUUGAGCGCUGUGAGGUCCAGGUCCCCUCACACUGGCUCCCGGAGGAGCUGUGUGAGGAGUUUGGAUCUCUGCUGGUCGGGUCAAGGUUCUGCCCCGCCAACACAGCCGCAGUCGCUGCCACGAUGCUGAGAUCUGUGUGUGAAGGGAAGGAAGUGGAGAGAAGGCUUCAUCAGCUCUGUCAGAGUGUAAUUUCUGUGAUGGGCUGACACUCUGAGACCUAAAUGCUCCAUUCAGACUCAUAUCUGAUGUCAAUGUGAACAGUAUCCAUCCUGAAAUGACUUGCAUGUACAAACCAACAACAAAAAACUGCUUGUGAGUGCACUCAGAAAUCUCAGCAGCAUAUUUGUCUGUGUUUUUAUGGGUUUUUUAGGUUUUCUGCUGGGAAUAAAACAUUCAAUCACCAUCCGGUUUUCACCCUGGCCUCUGGUCAUCAUUGCUGGAGGUGUGUGGGAAGCUGUCACCAUUUAUGAUGAAAAGGAACCAGAUGGAGUACUAGAAGUCUUUCUUAAAAAGUUUCAACCAGUCAUGGACAAGCAUGCACCAUGGGUUGACAAGGAGUUAAAGGACCACAUGUCUCUGAGGGAUAAGGCAAAGGAAAUGGAACAGAAAAGUGGUAGUAUAAUUGACAGACAGAAAUACUGUAGAUUAAGGAAUUAUGUUACAAAGCUCAACCAAAAGAAAAAAAAAACAAUAUUAUGCUCUACAGUUAAGCAGAACAAGGAAUGGUGGGAAAAGGCUUUGGAGUACACUGAACAGUAUAAUGGGACAAAACUCAUCUUUACAAGCCACCUGUAUUGAUUGCUGAGGUACCUUUAUUACUAAAACCCAAAGAAAUUGCAAAUUAUUUGAAUGACCAUUUUAAAAGCAAGGUAUAUGAAUUAAGGAAAGACUUAUCCCAUGGGACAGAUAAUAAUUUAUCCAUUUAUAACAUAAAAAAAUAUAUGAGCGAUAAACCAUGUCAUUUUGAGUUCAAUGAACUAAAUACAGAAACGGCUGAAAAAUUAAUUAAGUUAACAUGUAAUGACAAACAACCAGGAAUUGAUAAUACAGAUGAUAAACUGAUUCGAAUAGCUGUUAAUUACAUUGCACACCCUAUCUGUCACAUAAUGAAUACCAGCCUGAAACAAUCGAUCUUUCCACAGGCUUGGAAGGAAGCAAAAGUCAUACCAUUGCCCAAAGAUAAGAAAACAUCAUUUAGUGGCCUAACAGCCGCCCCAUAAGCUUGCUAUCAGCUAUAAGUAAGAUCUUUGAGAAGGCAAUUUUUGAUCAAAUACAAGAAUAUUUCUCAGCAAAUAAUCUGAUAACAGAUUUUCAGCAUGCCUAUAGAAAGGGACAUUCUACAUGUACAGCUCUAGCCCAAAUGACAGAUGACUGGUACAAAGAUUUGGACAGCAAAAUGAUCUGUGGUGCAGUCCUAUUAGAUUUUACAGCAGCAUUUGAUGUAAUUGACCACAAGCUCGUUCUUGAAAAGCUGGAGUCUUGUGGUUUCAGACCAUCUGCAAUGGCCUGGAUGGAAAGUUAUUUGAUGCAUAGAUCACAGAGAGUCUUCUUUAAUGGAGAUUACUCAGAUAGUGUAUCUAUAGAGUGUGGAAUUCCUCAAGGAAGCUGCCUAGGUCCACUUAUGUACCCCAUUUUUACAAAUGAUUUACCCCUCGUACUAAAAGAUGCUAAAUGAACGAUAUAUGCAGAUGACACUGCAGUGUAUGCAUCAGCAACAACACCUGCUGAGUUAAAUGCCAUCUUGAAUAGGGAGCUAGAUAUAAUCUGGAAAUGGGUCUUUGAAAACAAAGUCACACUUAAUGCAACUAAAACGAAAAGCAUUAUAUCUGGUUCAGAUCAUUCUCUUAGGAAAGAGCCAGAGCUAAAACUCUUUAUAAAUAAAACACCAAUCCAACAAGUAAAGGGAACUAAGCUCCUAGGCAUCAUUCUUGACAAUAAGCUGUCCUGGUCAAAACACACUGACGUUGUAAACGGAAUGGGUAAGGCAUUGGCAGUGGUAAGGCGAUGCAGACAAUACCUUACACCAGAAUUGACUAAAAUGGUAAUAACCACUAUUGUUCUCUCACAGCUCGACUAUUGCCAAAUAAUAUGGGCGAAUGCCAUGAAAAAAGAUUUAAGCAAACUCCAGUUGCUACAGAACAAGGCGGCGCGCCUUGUUCUCCAAUGUCCAUACAAUACGAACAUCAACAGCAUGCACUUCUGUCUACAAUGGUUAAAAGUUGAGGACAGAAGGAAUGCUGCACUUCUAUCACUAUUUAAACAGCAAAUAAAGAAACACCUUGGAAUGUUAUAUUUGUAGGAUGCAAAAUACAUGCUCAUACGUACACACACACACACACACACGCCACAUACAGGACAGGGUGAGGUGUGAUUCCAACUGAAUUGUAUAGCCUGGAUGGUUUCAACAGUUUGUACAUGGGAAUGAUUUAUGUGUGUGUCUCUUUGCUGUUGGAUGAUGACUUGCAUAUGUGUACUGUAAAGUUUAAUGUAGGUUUUGCUAUUUUUGUUUGUUUUGUUUCUCUGUCUUGUUUUGAAUGUAUUGUUUUUAUGUGGACCCCAGAAAGACUAGCGGUGCUUUAGGGCACAGCUAAUGGGGAUCCUGAUUAAUAAAAUAAACUAAACUGUCAUGC